UUCCAACAUUGCAUUUUGAAAAGAAAAAAAAAAACUACUGUCGGGUGCGGACAGUGCUUCUUUCAUUUAAUGAACUUGAAUUCAUCGAAUCCAGAUAGUGAAUUCGGAAUACCAUAUAGCUGAAACAAAAAAUACUACUAAGAGAGAAGGGUGCGAAAAAAGAUAAGUUCCUUCUUUUUCAACAUAGAGAUAAGAUAAGAGAGAGAGAGAGCUAUUUUCAUUGUUUUGAAGAAAAAAUAAGUUAUUUUUACUGAACUUUUCUUUGAUCAAAUGGAUAUUAUGGUCCCAUACAGGAAAAGCCCUCUUAAUUCUCUCAUUCAUACUUCCCAGCGGUAAAUACUAUAGGGAAGCUUCGAAUGUGUAAAGCACGAAAGCUGAAUGCUUGUUUCACACCCAUUUGUAUGCCAACCAGAUGUUUGAUAUAGUUCCUGAACGAAGUAUAUAUGCUGAAUAUCGUAGUCCAUGAGCUUCAAUGCACCAAAUAUCACAUAUGAAUUGUCAGUCCUCUGCUAAAUGUGGGAUUCUUGAAGCUAAUCAUUUCUGUCCAGUUUUUCAAUGCCAGUUGCCCACUAUUCCUUCAAGUAACAGAGUAGUUGUAUCGAGAUCACAAUUGUCGUUGCCAAAUAUCAAGAGAAAUAAUGGGGUUGUUUGUAACAAGAUGCUUGAAACUAGUGUUAGUUCUGAAGCUUCCAUCAAAGCUCAAGUCCAAAAACUGGUUGAUCUACUCCAUGUAUGCGCUGAUGAAGAGUUAUUAGAUGAAAGCAAAGCCAUUCAUGGUUAUAUUCUGAAGUCUGAUUUUUCAGAUAAUAACUUGUUGCUGUUGCUUAAUCAUGUAUCACACGCAUAUUCGAAAUGCUCAGAGUUUGGCUCUUGUCAGGUAUUGUUUGAUAAAAUGUUGCAGAAGAAUGUCUUCUCUUGGACUGUCAUGAUUGUGGGAUCAAUAGAAAAUGGAUUUUUCUAUGAUGGGUUCAAAUACUUCCGAGAGAUGCUAGAGUACGGAAUGCUGCCAGAUGGAUUUGCUUACUCGGCUGCAUUGCGGUUGUGCGUUGCUUUAGGCAGCCUUGAAUUGUGUAAAAUGGUACAUGCUCAGAUUGUUGUGAGAGGCUUUACUUCAAAUGUUAUUAUUAAUACAUCACUUCUUAACAUAUAUGCAAAGUUGGGGAAUGUUGAGGCUUCAUCUCUGGUUUUCAACAGUAUGAGUGAAAGGAAUGCAGUCUCUUGGAAUACAAUAAUAUCAGGACUUACUGCUAAUGGUCUUCAUUUGGAAGCGUUUAAUCGUUUUCUUGAAAUGAAAAAUAAAGGAUUUUCCCCAGAUGUAUACACUUUAGUUGGUGUAAUGAAGGCAGUCGGGAGUUUAGGUGAUAUUGGCAAGGGUAAGGUAGUCCAUAGCUGUGUUUGUGAGUUAGGUAUGGAUUCUAAUGUUGUUGUAGGCACUGCACUGAUUGAUAUGUAUGCUGAAUGCGGUGCUUUAUGUGAGGCAAAGACUGUUUUUGAUUCUAAUUUCAGCAAUUGUGGAGUAAAUAUGCCAUGGAACGCAAUGAUUUCUGGUUAUACACGGUGUAGAUGUAGCCAAGAAGCUUUACAGCUAUAUGUUAAUAUGUGUAAAAAGAAUGUUAGGUCUGAUAUUUACACUUACUGUAGUCUGUUCGACGCGAUAGCUGAAUCAAAAUGUUCCAAGUUUUUAAUGGAGGUUCAUGCGGCGGUUCUUAAAUCUGAAUAUGAUAAUAUAUCCCUUAGUGUGCAGAAUGCAAUUGCAGAUGCUUAUGCUAAAUGUGGGUCUCUUGAGGGUGUAAGGAAGAUCUUUGACAGAAUGGAACAAAGAGACAUAGUGUCUUGGACCACUCUUGUGACUGCAUAUUCUCAAGGUUCCCAAUGGGAGGCAGCUAUAGCCGUUUUUUCUCAGAUGAGGGAAGAAGGCUGUGCAGUCAAUCAGUAUACUUUGGCUAGCACCCUUGUUGCAUGCGCUAGCCUAUGCUAUCUUGAGUACGGUCGGCAACUUCAUGGGCUCCAGUACAAAACUGGGUUACAGAAUGAAAGUUGCAUAGAAAGUGCACUAGUAGAUAUGUAUGCCAAGUGUGGGAGCAUAACUGAGGCAGAAAAGGUAUUUGGUUGUAUUUCCAAUGCUGAUGCUGUUUCUUGGACUGCCAUGAUAUCUGGGUAUGCCCAACAUGGUUCUGUAUUUUGUGCACUUGAACUAUUCAAGAAAAUGGAGCAAUUGGGCAUUAAACCCACUGCAGUUACAUUAUUGAGCAUUUUGUUUGCUUGUAGCCAUGGUGGAUUGGUUAAAGAAGGUCUUCACUUUUUUUGGUCAAUGGGUAAAAGGUAUAAUUUGGUACCAGAGAUGCAGCAUUAUGCUUGUGUGGUUGACCUCCUUGGCCGUGUGGGUCUUCUAAUUGAAGCGUUCGAAUUUAUUGGAAAAAUGCCUGUUGAACCGGAUGAAAUGGUUUGGCAAUCACUGUUAAGUGCAUGUAGGAUUCAUAGAGAUUCUGAGCUGGGAGAAAUAGCUGCCAAGAAAAUCCUUUCUGUUUGCCCUCAAUAUUCAGCUACAUAUGUUCUUUUAUCCAAUACAUAUAUGGAAACUGGGAAUUUUAGAGAGGGAAUUGACCUGAGAAAUGUUAUGAAAAAGCAAGGGGUUAAAAAGGAGCCAGGCUUUAGUUGGAUUACUAUUAACGGUAAAGCCCAUAAAUUUUAUGCAAGCGAUCAGGAACACCCAGAGAAAAAAAGCAUUUAUCUUAUGCUGGAAGAAUUAAGGGUGGAUAUGAAGGCUUUGGGUUAUAAACCAGAUUUCAGAUCUGUUUUAACAUCUGGAGAUUGAAAUAGCACCUUGUAGCAACUAGUUAGGGGAGUCAACAUAUGAAAGUAUUGGGAGAUGACUUAGGAGAAAGAGUCAUUAUGAUGCAAGCUUUGUACUUGAGGAACGUCUCAUAUGAAAAGCGAUCAUUUUGGUGCUAGUAGUACUUGAAUUGCUUCUGUUGUGAAGGUUGUCCGAUGGGGCAGAUCCGUAUAUGCUAACAUCCAGAAAUUCAUCCAGUUUCAGCUAACUGUUAACGUUGCUGCUCUAAUAAUUAAUGUUGUUGCUGCAGUUUCUGCUGGUGAUGUCCCAUUGAAUGCUGUUCAUCUACUUUGGGUAAAUCUUAUUAUGGACACCAUGGGUGCACUUGCACUGGCCAUAGAACCACCAACUGAUCAUCUAAUGCGCCGAGCUCCUGUUGUUCGAAGGGAACCUCUCGUCACCAAUAUCAUGUGGAGAAACCUAAUAAUACAGGCUCUGUAUCAAGUUACAGUUCUCCUAAUCCUCAAUUUUCGAGUUGAACAAAUUUUGCAUUUAGAGCAUGAGACGAGGUAGUGCGCUGUUAAAGUGAAGAAUACCUUGAUUUUCAAUGCUUUUGUCCUAUGUCAGAUUUUCAAUGAAUUCAUGCUCGGAAGCCAGAUGAGAUGUAUUCAGAGGAGUCCACAAAAAUCAUCUAUUCAUUUCAAUCGUCUGCCUCACAUUGGUGCUUCAGGUUAUCAUAAUAUUCUUUCUUGGAAAAUUCGUUUCAACUGUGAGACUGAGUUGGCAAUUUUGGCUUGUUUCAAUAGCCGUUGGACUUAUAAGCUGGCCCCUUGCUGCUCUUGGGAAGUUGAUACCUGUCCCUGAGAAGCCAUUUGGGGAGUACUUCUCCAAGAAAUUACCGAAACGAAGAAAUCAACUAGAGUGUUCAUAGAUAUUUAUACACACGCAAAAUUAACUAACAAAAGUGUCUGUUUUGUUAGGGUGGCAUUUCUUUUGCUGCUGUACAUAAAUUUGCUGCUAAUAUUUUACUAGUUCUUGGGUCAUUUUGUGAAUGUAGUAGAACAGUAUAAAUAUAUUUUUUGAAUGCCUCUUUAAAUU